GAGCUCAGCGGCUUUCCCGGAGGCUUGGUCUGACAGCGGCAGGCUGUCCCCGGGUGAGUCAGACACCCACGGUGCCACAGCUUGCCAAGCAGCAGUUAGGCACUGAGCACUUCGUGGGCACGGAUAAGGGAUCGAGCUGCUGAUUCUUCCUUGACUCCAGGCACAUAAGCUGGCUCUGCUGGUGCCCUGCUCUCUAGUGCUGUCUCUUUGAACCUGUUUUGUCCUUGCUGCCAGUUCAUACCCCUCUGCUCUCCCGGAAGCACCCUGUCUGUCCAAGCAGUGACAAGAGGGGUGUCAGGGGGCAGAGGCUUUACCUUUGAUCAAGACUGUCAAGACUUGCACAGCUUCGUGCCCCUACAAGUUGGGCAACUGAGGCAGGGCUGCUGCCUGAGGGCCCUCAGCAACUAAGGGAGCCCUAGAAAACUGACUGAGCGACGGACAGAAAGGGGAAGCAGUGAGGCCAGCAGGGAGCAGGCAGAUGGGCACAGCUGGGUGCGUGGGAUAUGUUUGUAAGAUGGGGGAGAGAAAAGUUCCCUGUAGGCGGCUCUUUAAGACUGGCUGCGUGGCACUGACUGCGGACAGGCAAAACUCGCUGGCAGUGCCCCUGCCUGCCGUUCAGCUGGGAGGCCAUUUCCCAGCCACUCCCCAGCCUCCCUCCACGGCCUCUUGUCACCUGGAAACCUUUUCUGGAAGGGGCAGCCCGCCUCUGCUGUAUUGUUACUGUGGGAACCCUGGUCCGGGACCAGAUCCCCAUGGCGCUAGGAGCUGGACAACGCAGAACAAAAAGACAGUCCCUGCCACAAGGAGCUCCCGACCCACGUAUAAGCCACGAGACACCAGAGGGACACAGCCAGGCAGAUGGGAGCACAAGUGAACAGUGAGACAGUGCUGGUCAGCCUGCCAGGGCAUGGCCUCUGCACGCCAGCAGCAUCACAGCAAAGGAGCGUUUGGCAGCGGGACUGGAAGGGGGUGCAGAAGUGGCUCUGGGGGUUUCCUCCCACACGUGAGGGGCAGCGCAGGAGAAAGUACAAAGUGCCUUGUUUGAAAAAGUAACAAGUGGACACUGGGGGCUGGUGUUAUGGGCCAAUCAGAGGCGAGCGUCAAAAGCUCAGUAGUGAAUGAGAGAGGACAGACAGGUGGGGGGAUUGGGGACGGGCCUGGGAAGCGAAAACCAGCCGCUUGCGUGGGGUGUGAGAACGAAGUGACAUUGGGGGAGGAACACGCUAGGGAAACGAUCUUGGCAUGGCUCUGAGCAGGGCAGACUGCAUUUGUCAAGGCCAGAGAGACGGCUGCCGAGUAACCAAGACAAUGGUACCACGAUCAGCAGGAUGUGACCAGCAACUUCCUGGGUGCCAUGUGGCUCAUCUCCAUCACGUUCCUCUCCAUUGGCUACGGUGACAUGGUGCCUCACACAUACUGUGGGAAAGGCGUCUGCCUCCUCACCGGCAUCAUGGGGGCUGGCUGCACCGCCCUGGUGGUGGCCGUGGUGGCCAGGAAACUGGAACUCACCAAAGCCGAGAAGCACGUGCACAACUUCAUGAUGGACACUCAGCUGACGAAGCGGAUCAAGAAUGCUGCAGCCAACGUCCUUCGGGAAACGUGGCUUAUCUACAAACACACAAAGCUGCUAAAGAAGAUUGAUCAUGCCAAAGUCAGGAAGCAUCAGAGAAAGUUCCUUCAAGCCAUUCACCAGCUGCGCAGUGUGAAGAUGGAGCAGAGGAAGCUGAGUGACCAGGCCAACACGCUGGUUGAUCUUUCCAAGAUGCAGAACGUUAUGUAUGACCUGAUCACAGAGCUCAAUGACCGGAGUGAGGACUUGGAGAAGCAGAUUGGCAGCCUAGAGUCCAAACUGGAGCAGCUAACCACUAGCUUCAAUUCUCUUCCCCUGCUCAUUGCCGAAACCCUGCGCCACCAGCAGCAGCAGCUCCUCACAGCUGUUAUUGAGGCUCGUGGCAUCAGUAUGGCAGGGGGCACUCCCCAGACGCCCCUGUCUGACAGUCCGAUUGGGGUCAGCUCCACCUCCUUCCCAACCCCUUACACCAGUUCAAGCAGCUGCUAAAUUGCAGACUGAGCCCCCAAACCCUACGAAGACAGACAAGAAGAGCUACUUGUGGGUCUUCAGAGUCAAGUCAACUUUCUUCCGGCCCUCUGGCCACCAGAAACAUCCAGGCCAAGCCAAUGCUGAAAGCACGACCGAACUAAUGCCGAGGUUAGCUCAGAGCCCUCGGAGUUCAACAACGCCUUGGAACCAGAAAUCCAAUCUCUGUUUCGGUGCCUCUACAUGCGAUGAGAAGAAAGCAGAUGUGAGGGGCAGCCUCUGGCAAGGCCCUUGCUGCAGUGUUUGGUGGAGGACAGAAAUCCACACUCAAUCUCAGGUCUUCAAAUAGGAAAAAAAAAAAAAAGUCCGAAGCACUGAAGCAACGGAGCUGCACCAGAGGAAGAGUACUCCACAGCGCGGGCUGUGAGCCAUGGGCAAGGGGGCUGCUUAUCUCCAGGGCCUUCCUUCGUCCCCAUUCCUCCCAGCCCUGUUCGUUAAGUGUCUUGCCAAGGAAGAGUGGAGGAGGAGGACAAUUAGUUUGCCAAGACUGCUAUCCCUUUGCCUCCUGCACCUCCCACAGCCCUACCGGGGAACUGCCAAUAUCUCGCCUUCUUGCACAGGCUCUGAGCUCAGAGGCCCAUUUGCCACCCCACCCCCUGCCAAAACACUGCCACAUACACACAUUUCCAGCUAGGGGAGGGUGCUUCAUUCGCUUUAUUCUGAGUCUCUUUAGAGGAAUGAAUCCAUUUUCUGCCUGAAGCCACGUGCUGGAGCGCAGCAUUCAGGUGCUGGGCAUGGCGUCUGGGGCAUGCUGGCUUCGUGGGGGUGUUUACUGCAUUACAGGGUGGUUACAGGGAGAUGUAUGAUGAGGCCCUGAUGAAACACACUGCAAGUCAAUCCAACAUGGAUUGUUUAAAAAUGCACUGCCACUCCAGUGAAACCAUGCGAGGCAUCCGAGUUCCAAGCACCCUGAGUCAGCGGGGCAGCGAGGGUUGCAGAAGCAAUGCGUUCAGCCAAUGGUCAGGGAGGGCUUUGUGGAAUGGAACCAGAUGGUUCCUCCUGGAGCUGCAUCCAGUCCUGUUUGACUGGAGCAAGGGUCACUGCACUGCAGGGCUUUCAAGGAGGCACCCUGCAUUCCUCCUGAAAACCCCUCUGAGGAGUAGAAAAAGGUUUGUGGUGGAUCUUGAAUUACCUGCAUCACCCACAAACCAGAGCCACCAUUUAUAGUCUCAGCAAAUAAUCCAGUACCUCUCCAAUCCAGAUACUCUUUGAAGAGGCUUCAGAACUGAAAGGUGAAACACCCAGGGCCAGUUAGAGAGAGGGUCUUAACUUGUGACAUGAAUUUAAAAAUUCUCCCCUCUGCCUUCAGCUUGGCUGACAACAAUGACAUUCUACUAGCUCAAACACUGCUGUGACCUAACCAUGAGGUUGCUUUAAUGGUAGGUAGGAAUCGGGAGAGACAGAAAAGAAUGUUGAUUAGGACACUUCAUCAGUUUAAAACAAAAGACUAAUUUAUUGCAGUGAUUCUGUUGGGUCUUGGUAGCUAGCAGCAGAACCACCCCGGGGUAAAUGAUGCAAUGCGCAGCUUCACAGGCAGCUAGACAGAUAUCCACAGCCUGAGAUCCUGCCCUUUAUGGCCAUCUGCUGGGGGAGCUGCCUUCAACAGCAAUGGUCAGGGGUGGGGAUGGACGUGCGAGUUACCACCCCCGCCACUGGCUGUGGGAGAGGGCAGUCCAUGCGAGAGAGAUGGCUAAUCUUUGCUGGUUGUCACCAUGGGCCUGGACACCUCCCAGCUUCCUCUGGGAACUAAAAUGUUCCCUUCUCCCUCUGACAUUUUCACUUCUUUAAAAACUCUUUGUUCAGCCCCAGCUCCUGCCUUUGUUGUUUUAAUGCCUUGUCUGGUCUUUGUUCAGAGUCCUGCGGGCAGCCGCAAGGCACUGGCUUGCUUUCUUAGAACUCCGGGGAUGGUGUUGGCUGCUCUUAAUGAAAACUCAGCAGAGGAUAUUUAUAUAUUUUUAAACGGAUGAAGUAACCAUGUAAUUACUCUGUGAUAUUAAUUACACAUCACCCAGCGGUGUCUUCUAAUUGUACUGAAAGUCACUGUGUUACUCCAGGCAUACUUAGCCUGGAAGCUUCUCCUCUGUAACUCUUUCACUUCCAUAAAGAACACUGGAUUCCAUAGGUACCUAGGCAGGGAUCUAUCAUCAGCAGAGGGGUUUACAUGCAAAACUCUCCUUGCUGCUGCUGGUAGGUGUUAUGCGCCUCAAACCCUACACUGAAAAUUUCUUAGAAAACCAUCACUAGUUGAAGAGAGGAAUACUCCUUCUUCCCACCCGCGCUAACACUGGUGGCACAACGGUAUUGCUCUGCUGCAUAUUGUGGCAGAAAUACCAAGGGAGUUCUGCUAAUAAUGCCCUAGUACCACAGAGGUCUGAGUAACCUCGUCGGUAAUGCAGGAGCAAAAUGAGCCUCCAUAAACACAACUGACCAAGGUCAGGAGGGAAAUUAUACACCCUCCGAAGAAGUACUGCAGAGGCAAGGCAGGGUGUUACCCAGCCCCGUGCCAGCAGGAACAAGGGCACCGUGGACACCUUUCCAUCAGCCCCACCCCACGAAUGCGUUUAGUGUGGACAUAUGCAAUUGACUGUAUAAAAUCGAUUUCUAAAAAUCGACUUCUAUAAAAUUGACCUAAUUUUGUAGUGUAGACAUACCCUCAGAGGGCUUCCUGCGCCAAUAGCCAUGGUACUCCUCACCCAGAACCUCUGUCACCAUCUUGAGAAUUGCAGGCUUUUUCCUCCAUACGACAGUGUUCAAUAAUCACCAUCAGCUCUCAAAGCCCAUCGCAGUGUGGGGUGCUGGGGAGCCAGGGCUCAGGCCCACCCCAUUCCAGGGUGGGAAAGGUUUUCAGUUUAUAGCCACACCAUUGCUUGGCCUGUCACCCUCCCAGUCAUAGCCAUCAGUCCUUUCUCCUACUUCAGGAGUGCGUCCAUUUCCACUGCCAUCGUUUCAGCCUCGUCCCCCUCCUUCCCAGCCCUAACUGCAGUAUUUAGAGAGGAGAGACGGCUACGCUAACAUCACUGCCAGUAUCCCUCCAGUCUGGCCAGGAGGAGAUAUUCUAGCUACGGUAGCCAUCUGCUCCCCCUUUCAAAUACCAUGUAGGCCAGUGGUUAGGUCACUCGACUGGGAGUCAGGAGCCCUGAGUUCUAGUCCUGGCUCUGCCACAGACUCACUGUGUGACCUUGGGCAAGUCACUUCCCAUCUCUCUGCCUCCAUUUCCCCUCCUGUAAGAUGGUGAGGACAAGCUUAUCCAUCUUUAUAACGUGUUUUCAGGUCUAGGGAUGAGAAAGGCUCUAUAAAUGCUAAAUAGUGUUAUAAAAUACACUUGUCUUCAUCUCUGGUGGUUCACAUAGGACUAAACAACAGCAUCUUACACUGAAGCCGUGAUAUAAGUACUAGCAAGAGACAGAAAAAUAUAUCCUCAAGUUUUAGAUCACUAAAGGGAGUAUUGGUUGCAAAGGAUCAGUAUCACCAACAGGAAACUUGGAACUUGUGCCUAAUAAUCAUUUUUGGUAAAUCCUACUGAAUGAGAUGAGACUGGAAAAUGCCAAAUCACUAACAGAUUCAAAGCUUUUGUGAGGAAUGAAGCACAAGCAGUGAAAGCUUCAAUAUCAUACGUAGCAUAUGAGAAUUUUUCUACAGGCAUAACUGUCUAGUACAGUGUAAUUUCAUUAGGAUUGAUUAUUAUCUUGACAGAAGUUUCUUGCUGGUUUAUAAAGAGACACAGAUACUCAACUGCACUGCCAGCUGGUAUCUUUGGUGCUGCAACAAGCAAUGUUCCGUGAUUCAGUUGACUGGUCCAGUACUCCAGUUGUCACCCCUGCAGUACCAGGCACUACUGUUCCUCUACCCCACCAGUUUUGCAGUCCCUCACAUUUCAGCACCUUAGACAGCAGUCUGGUUAAUCUAACUAUCGGUGGCAACAGCACGUUUGACUCUACCUCUGAUACCCGUUUUUACUCCCUUGUUUCCUGCUACCAUUGUUAAAGUUAGUAUGGAAGUGACAGCAAUGAUGUUUGCAGUGGCAUUUAAAUGAUUCCACAGAGCCAUUGCUGUCAGACAACCUUUGCUAGUAGAAGGAUAAGCCCGCCACUGAUUAUAUUAAGGAGACAGGCACAUCCGUAGUAAUAGUAGAACCUCAGAGUUUCGAACACCAGAGUUACAACCUCACCAGUCAACCACACACCUCAUUCGGAACCGGAAGUCUGCAAUCAGGCAGCAGCAGAGCCAAAAAACCCCAGGUAUUUGUAGUUUACCUGUGUUAAAGGUAAACUACUAACAAACUGACCGGAAAGCAGCAUUUUGUUCUGCAUAGUAAAGUUUCAAAGCUGUAUUAAGUCAAUGUUCAGUUGUAAACUUCUGAAAGAAGAUCCAGAACAUUUUGUUCAGAGUUACGAGCAACCUCCAUUCCCGAGGUGUUCGUAACUCUGAGGUUCUGCUGUAUAGCGUCAGUUUCCACAAUGACCUAGGCUUACCCUGAGUAACUAAGGUGAGUUUUCCUAGAUUUACUAAGCUGCUUUAAUAGGACUCCUUGUAUAAACUAGACCUGGCAUCUCUCCUAUACUGGAAACACCCACCCUGAACUGGAAUUUCCCUAUGAGUAGCCCAUUGGCAAAUCUUGAACAACCAGUCUCCAUCUCCCAGUGGCAGGGGGUACCGCUGUUUACACACCUGAGAAAGGCAUUCUGGAACCUGCAGUAACGGGCCAGGAGAUGACACCCCCUCCAACUGAACCAGAACAAAGGAAGGGAAGAACUGAGACCGGCUGAGGCUGAGGGAGGAAAAGCACAAGAGUAAAACUCAACGCAUCGUUAUCAUCCCAAAGAGAUGCUGACAUUCUACAGACAAAAAGCAGUGACAAACCACACGCAAAUCAGACUGAACCAGCCAAUGCCCACACUUUAUGGUAGAUGGAAGGGGAAAAAAUAACUAUUCUCUGGCUCAUUAAUGCCAGAGAAAUUCUCACUCUGAAUCUCAGACAGGACCCACCCAUCUUCAGCACAUCUCAUUUCCUGGCACAGCCUCAGUUUUGCUCCAAGAACCUCUAUUCUGCACUGUCCACGAGGGAAAAACCACGAAGAAGCAGAAUGCCAGAACCGAUAUAUCAUCCUCUUUGCAACUCUCAAACCUGAAGUGUUUCUGUUCAGACUUAGAUGAUGAGCAUCAAUAUGGGUUUGCAUCUUGCCUCUGUACUGCUUGCUUUUUUUUAAAUAAUAGCAGAAAAGCCUAAUAGUUUAUUUUAACUAUGAAAUAUAUUGCUAUAUUAUAAAAGGUAUUGUAACUUUCCAUUAAGUUUGUUAGCAGGCAGAGAUGUCAGCCUGCUGUCAAAAUGUCUGUUUCUGGGUACAAGUCACUGCAGAUUUUAGCUUAACACAGGGACUUAAGGCAAAUGGUCAUCAGAUUAGAGCCUUUGCAAUCCAUUUGUAGAGACUACAUACUCCUAACCCUCUGACUGUUCCUAUGUAUUGCAUAGGCGCUACACACCGAGAGUCAAGGCAGGUCCUCAGCAGGUGCAAACCAGUGUAGCUUUCCUGCCCUCAACGAGCUAUGCCAGUUUCCACCAGCUAAAGUGGCCAAUCCAAGUCCUAACGUGCCCUGCCAGCCAGUUUCUCUCCCUCGUUCUCUGUCUCCAAACGAAUGCAGGAGCCUGGUGCCUAGGCCACAAACUGCAUGAAUCCAAAAUCCAAGCUCUGCAAACUCAAGUUUUCCCAGUGGGACGUAGGAUCUUGUGGACUGAGCAGUGUAAAUGCUUCUCUCCCGAGCCCUGUGGUUUCGGUGCAGUCUGUGCUGCUCAGUCGGGAUAACAAGGCUUGAUGGCCUCAGCUCAGUGCCCACUGACAGAGGACAGAAGCCCAGUAUGCAGACGCGCUGCUCUGACCUGGGAACAGCUUGCGCCCAGAAGAGGAUGAGGGUCCGAAUGUCCUCCUAGAGUAGAGCGCGUCUGCAGGGCAGGUGGAGGGAGCACACGGAAGCUCCCUGAGUCACUCCUGGCCUGUAGAUCAGCAAAGAAAUUUGGUUUUCAGCCGCUGUUGUCCCCAAGACCCCCAGCACCAUGUGUGUUCAGGACUUUUCCCCCGCCCUCGGUCAUCACAUGACUUCCUGUGUGAUGGUGUAGUACUGCCCUGCCUAGAGGACGUUUGCUGCUGCAGAUGAGGUCUGCUCUCAGGGGAAAUUGUUUUAAGUGAAACAGACCCGACAGUGCUCUGUGCCUCACUGAGGUGCACUGCCCUGCCUGGUCACCACUAGGUCCCUGAGGAACUGCCCAACAUUCUUAGCCAGAAAUGAAUGAGCCAUGCCAGGUCUGGAUGGUGCCAGGGCCCUCUGGGGUCAGGUGACAGCCAAUCCUAAGAUGCCAGUGUGAUACCAGGCUUCAUAGGAUACUCCAGAAUGACACUGCCACAGGGUAGAGUUGACACAUUUCUUCAUUGGUAUAAAGAGUCCUAAAUUCUGAGAGAGGCUGAUUUUCUGGUGGUACAAGGGGAUAUUCCUUACUGCAGAACAGAGACAUUACGCAUUUCUGGGGACUCAUCCAUUCUCACCUUUGGGUUUUUGAUGCUUGUGGCUUGCAAGUAUUCAGAACAAGCAAACAGACCACCUCUAAUGACUGCCUUGGAACUGGGCUGGGCUUGAUCUGCACAGGGGUGGGUGUGCAAUGCUGGCGUGAGGCUCUUCCCUUUCCACUCCCCUGUGGCUGGUGCCUGGCCAGCCUCCCUGUACUGAAUUAGGGCUGCUCCAACUUACGCUUGCUCCAAAUGGCCCCCAGGGUCUGGAACCACAGCCAAGGAUCCGCACGGCACAUAGAGCUAGUCAGACUCCUUCCCUCCAGAGCGGGAAGUGGCCAGAAGCUCUGUCUUACAACGGAGUGACCCUCCUGGGCUGGCUAAAGCCGCUUUACAGUCAGAGUCCAUCAGCAAUGCAGCACGGAGCAGCCAGAUCAGCCAAAGAGCCCAGCCCUAAACCUCUUUGUUCUGUUUUUCUGUUCAGUGCCUUCCUGCCCUGUCAUCCCCACUGCUCGUGGGCUGCAGUCUGCAGUGCUCCAGAGCAGCACCCUUACGUGACUAGAUGCCAUUCGGAGACCGACACUCGCUGGCCUCCUCCCCCCCCCAUGCUUCCCAACAAGUCUUCAUCUCUCUGGAGAUCCGAACACCUUUUCCGCUGAGUCGUCAGUGCUGCCAGGAGGGGACGUGCUCUUUCCCUGGCUCAGCACCAUUCAGACAUGCACAGCCGCCAGCCUAUCACAGGCAACAAACAUCCUUCACUCCCUUUUCCUCGGUUUCCAGUCUGCAAGCUCUUAGUCAAGGGGAAUACAUGAGACGAGAAGUCCAACCGCUCAUUCCUGGCCCUGGGACUCUCAUAAGAAUCAUUUACAUUAUUUCUUGCAAAGGAAAAGAUCCCUGCAGGAAACCCAUGAAAGAGCAAAAGGGAUGGGGGUAGGUUUGCCAGACCAUGGAACGAGCAGCAGUCCCAAGACCUGUGGGAUUGCUCAGGACAUCCUCAGAGGAUGAGUCCUUGGCACAAUUCCACUCUGGCUUCCCGUCAACUCACCCCAUUUUCACUGUCUCCUCUGGUAGCAUGAUUCCACUCCUGCCCAAACUGCACCCUGUGCUACUGCCUCCGGGUCGGUUCGCCAUAAUGGAUCCUGGCUCCACAGGGAGACGUUGACGAUAAUACCAUCCUUGACUGCCACAAACAUAUCCCUGAAGGGGGCUGAUGCCACAAAAAUCUGCUCUUCUCCCAGCCACAGCCCCUUACCCAGCUGUGCACCCUCCACACCACGAGAACUGAAUUACAGAGAAGGGCUUUUUGGGGUUUGGGGAAAUAUUCCUAUACAGGAUUAGUGCCCCUCCCUCGGUCAGAUUUGGGGCUAUUUUCCUGAUGCUUCCUCUGGCCCACAGCGUUUAACAAAGAUGCUCACACUUUUCCCUUCCUGCCUGAAUGGAUAUUACCCAACAAGCGUGCUGCUUUCUCACCAGUUCUGUUCAAAGUCAUCUCGAGGGCUUCCCCUUCAUUUCAGACUCUCCGGAUCCCUGCUAACAGCACAGUUACUGUGAGACACAGAGCAGGGCAGGGUUUCCACUGGCUUGUUACUGAAAAUAUCUCCUUUCUUGGCUAACUACCAGUCCAGGAUUCCACCGGGGAACUGCCAUGACUGAGGUCAGCUCAUACCAGUGAACUUAGUGGGCUCUGAUUCACUAACCCUGAACUAUGAAUCACUUCUGGUUGUUAUUUGUACGUAUCCACGGGCAGGAUUUGAUCCAGAGCUCACAUUUCCUAAUUCUGCUAACCAUAUGCGUGGUCCCUGCCAACCCGGGGUUCCCUAAAUUUGGGGGGAAGGGGUGGAGAUGCAUCCGACAGCGUUGCCAUAAAACUGAUUUGUACCCGGAAACAGGCAUGUUUUAAACUAAUGGCUUUAACCUGUUCACUGUAAAAAGUGCCUUGGACUUAAAUCUGAAGAGGUCAGUAUCUAUAAAUAUUUACUAUGUGGGUGUGUAAGUAGGUAGAUACCUACAUAUCUAUACACACACACACACAAAUAUACCAUCUAUACGUAUAUAUAUAAAGGCUUCA